AUGGAUAUAGAUUUGGAUUUAGACGACUUGGAUUUGGGCGAUAGAGUGAAGGAUUUUUUAACACACAAAUUGAAGGAAAUUAAAAGUUACAAUGUAACCAUUGAAGAAAAAAUUAAACUAAGAGAACAACAUUUGAGCGACUUGUAUCGAACCGAAAACGACAGUAAGAAGAAACUCGAUUGCCAAAUAUCCUUAAAAUGGAAAAAAUGCGUCAACAGAAAGUAUGCUAUAUGCUAUAAAAUACAAAACACCAACAAUAGGCCUCUAAUACACGUAAAACCCUUCCUGUGCUGGACAUCGUCCAAACCUCUAACUUACCAAACGUUUAUUUACGAUGUUAAGUCGAAGGUGGAAGAGUGCACGAGGAAUAAUUGCCUGAAUAUCGGCGGUGGUUUGGUAAAAACGAAUAGCAUAAACUCGGAGGGUUACGUUGUUGUUGUAAUCGACGUUCCGAGUUAUUUGGAUUGCUUGGAGUACACGAUAAGCGGGAAAUUUUCAAUCAAUUCCGAUGGAACGGAUAGUUUGCUGGACGUACCCGAUGAGCGUAUAACUUGCGAGAACGUUGCACAUGGGGAAAUUUUGAACGCGCCAUUGUUAACAGGAGAUGUUGAUGGUGUCUUAAGUGUUAUUGUAACCAGCAUCAGAACGGAUUUAGUGUUUGUGUUUCCGAGCGAUUGGUAUACUUCUUUGGAAAACACGUUCGAAAUUCACUGUUCUAUGACUAAUUUAAACAUACCAAAUAGCUGCAAGACUUAUUUCCUUGCCAGUUUCGAUAACGUCCUGUUGGCUGUACACGCGCAAUCGUCGGAGACCCAAUCGAAAAAUGCCGUUUUCAUCACUGUUUACUCAAAUUCAAAUCAAGUCCUUUUCUCGCUGUUGCAUCAUCUUCAUCGGCAAGUUCCCGGUGCGAUAAUCAUACCGGAGGAGAUAUUCGAAGCGUACGAAAUAAAAUCGAGCGUGACGAGCGCGGACGUUGCCGAGUUGCUGGGAAAAUUCGAAAAAUCCAUCGCGAAAGAACUGAAAAUGGCGGAUAUUUUGAUCAGGGCGGAAGGAAAGGACAGUCGGGAGUUGAGGCGAAACUUGGUGGAUUCCGAGCGGGAUACGGACAGCUUGUAUUUGAAGAUAUGCGAAUUGUACAAUUUCACUAAAAACUAA